AUGGGCAAGCAGGGGGACCUUCCAGCGUGGAGACGCGCAAAUGCCUUUGUCCUGAAACCCGCAGUCCUCCCUAAGGUCUUUGGCACGUUCGCCGAACGGUAUGCUAACCGACCUGGGGGAUACACGCGCAUCCACAAGUUCGGAAACCGUCCGGGUGACAAUGCGCCUCACGCGAUCCUGGAGCUGGUGGACAAUCCGCGAGAUUUGAAGUUCGAGAUGACUGCUCGUGCUGUUGGAUGGGAGUUGGUCGGAAAGCGCCUGGGGAAAGGAGGGCCUCGCGCACUUGCAAAGACUGGUGUGGAGGGCGUUGAGGACGUCGUCGUGGAAGAGAGGUCUCUGGAGCCUAACGAGCGAGGAGAGUUGAGACAAUGGACAAGAUGGAAUCUCCAAAAGGUGUUGAAGUUCAGGAAGAACGACGCUCUUGUUGAAUUGGUGGCUAAGGCUAAAGAUCAUGCAGAUACCCUAAUUGCGAAACCACUCUCGAUGGCGGACGUCGCUAAGCAAGAGAAGGAACAGGAGGAACAGGGCGAUGAGACCCCUCUUCCUUCUUUGAAGUUCCUCCGAUUGAAGGCUGGGCAGACUGUCCCGGGGGGCUCUCGUAGCGCACUGCACAUCUCCCAAGGCGCGCUUGGCAAGGAACCCUCAAGCCGACCACGAUGGUUCGAAAGACGGAAGCUUGGUAUAGAUAAGACAUCAAUCUGGAGCCAAUUGUAA